CUAAACUGGACACUUGCAGGGCAAACUAUGUUCGAUACAUACGCUCUUUUUCCUUCGAACGGCGAAACUAAAUUACUGUAAACAAAGCAUUAAAACUAUGCAAAACAGAGCGAGCGUUUGCACGGUUUACGACAGCACACAAACUACAAAGUGGUUGAAAUGUGGUGAGAAGAGAAUCCUUCCGUGCUGCUCCCGGCCAGCACACAGCACACAGACAGAGCGAGACCGAACGCCAACAAGCGUGUGUAAAGUGCCUCCCCAACACGUGCUCCGGGCAGUUUGUAGACGGGCGCCUCCAUCAGUGGAAAACUUAGACCGGGACAAGGACAGCACGAACAGCUUGCCAACACACACACACAGAGAAAGAGCAAUAUAAGCACACAAAAAAAAAACACUCAACUCGACGAAAGCUUCGGCUUUCACCUUCUUCGGAGACGAAAGGAAAAUUCGAUGCCAAACGCGGUGCUGCUGCCAGUGCGCUCGGCUACUGUGCGUGUGUUCCGCCAGAAGCUGGUAGUUUCGAGGCAGGAAGAAGCCAGUUUGUUGGUGAAUUGUGUGCAGUGUUUGUUGUUUAGCUUAUUUGUGAGUGAAUUUCGCCAGCCAGAAGCAGUUCGAAUGGAAAGAAAUUGUGUGGUGUACAAUGCAAGAGAUAAAGCAUGAUGCACCACCGGAUGUGAGUCGUCCCAUCCUCCACGGACAGGCAAACAUUCGCGGAAGUUAAAAGGAUCUGCCACAAACCAGCGUACGACGGAACGCAGGAACGAACAAAAGUCUUCAACCGGAUGUAGCUCGCGUGUAGUAACGCAAGCCAACGAUUUCCCAGUGCAAAGUGCCAGCCAGCCUACGAGGAAAAAAAAACCCCGACCCAACGGGUGGAAAAACAUGGCAGAAGAUUUAUCGAUCAAUAAAAAUAAGAUCUUUACCCAACGGUACGGCAACAGUAAUAACGAUAUCUGUCGGCUGUGUUUGAAAAAUGAGGCCCACAUGGAACCGUUGUUCUACGCGAACCUCUUUCCCAACAUUUUACUUACGAAAAAGAUAUACGAUUGCACCUCAAUUCAGAUAAUCUACGAUCGGAACUUGCCCAUGUUUGUGUGCAAACUUUGCGCCAACAAGUUGGACGAAUAUGUACGAUUUCGGGACCGCUGCAUAGCGAAUGAUGAAUUUCUCCGCAACGCUCUGGCAGCAUUCGAUGCGAACGGUGGAAGCUGUUCGAGCACGAUUAAGAUGGAACCGGAAGACACACCACCGCCCACUUCUUCAGCUCCGCCAACGGCAAAGUUUGCCCAAUGCCUUGCGGUAACACCGAUGGAGCUGAACUGUGCCCUUGUUGCGGCUGCUGCUGCCGCAGCCGGUCACCAGAGCAGCAAACGCGAACCACCGGAUGUGGAGGAAACCCAUGGACGGUAUAGCCAUGGGUCGGGUGCUGCCUCUCCCGAUCGAUCGAGCUGCGGUGGACGGAUGACGGCGGUAGAUGAGCUACCGCCACGGAAGCAUGCACACGAUGAUCCCUACCGGAGUGGCGAAGAGGAGGACGAGCUAGCUGCCGACGAGGGAACGUACGGAGAACCUAACCCCGGUGCCAAUCAGUAUGUGUGCGACGUGUGUUCGAAAUCGUUCAAAAUACGCCACCAUUUGCUAGUGCAUAGGCACACGCACGUGGACAAUCAUCCGGCACCGAUCAGCGGGUUGCUAAACGGUGGUGGAUCCGACUUUAACGGUGGCGUGACCGGGAGCGGCAAACAGUCGUACAAUUGUCCCAAAUGCGCCAAAGUGUUCGUCAACAAGGGCAAUCUGCUUAACCACCUGGAGACGCACACGAACGAGAAGAGCUACGCGUGCGAUAUCUGCACGAAAACGUUCAAAUACAAUGUGCAGCUACGGUUGCAUAUGCGCAUCCAUACCGGCGAACGGCCGCACAAGUGCGAGAUCUGCAAUCGCGGCUUUUCGCAGCUUUCGAACCUGCGUUCCCACCGGAAAACUCACUCCAAAGUCAAACCGUACAAAUGCCAUUUAUGCCUCAAAAGCUUCACCAUGCUGGAUAACCUUACCGCACACAGCGCAAAGUGUCUGAAGGACAAGUUCCGCUGCACGCUCUGCUCGAAAUCGUUCGCCAAGGAGGGUAACCUCCUGUCGCACCUGCAGUCCCACAGCGAUGGCAUCGUGGAGAAGAUGUUCAAGUGUGAAAUGUGCCCGAAAAGCUUCAAAAACAAGGAGGACUGGAAGCGGCACGUGCGCGUGCACACGGGCGAAAAACCGUACACGUGCGAUAUCUGCUCGAAAGGAUUUGCCCAAAAGGCGAAUCUACUCUCCCACCGCAAGACACACCUCAAGCCGAACGUGGUUUACAAAUGUGAACGAUGUGCGCGGACUUUUCGAUCGCAGAAAGUCCUCCAAAUGCACGUGCCGAAGUGUUCCGGUGCUGGCGCGAACGACGGGACCAGUGUUCCUUCCGCACCGGCCACACCGGUAUCGGAAUCGGUUCCGGGUUCACCGAGUCCGGGAACAGCAGCCGUAGUUACCAUGUCGACUACGGCAUCCGCUGCCGUGGCUUCGGCAAACAGUACGCCAACACUCUCGGAAGCACUGUCCGAUCUGCUGCGGUACGAGAUCGCACUGAGAGCGCCGCUGGAACUGCAGCAAAUGCUGCUCGGGCAUAUUGAUCGCAAGAAGCCACAGAAUGGCACUGGCGGCAAAGCGACGGGGCGGCGCUACCGGUGUGAUGUGUGCUUCAAGGGCUACUCACAGUAUCCGUCACUGAUCAAACAUCGCAAGCUACACUUCAAGGUACCUCCACUGGUAAAGGUUCUGGCGGGUAAAGGUCGACACGAUGCAGACUACGAGGACCACGGGGAACCCCUGGAAGCGGCAUGCGACGAGCGGCCCGAGGGAUUGGAGCGACACCCAGCAACGACACCGGAGCUGCACGAUCCGAUCGAGCGGCCGUACGGCUGUGAUAUAUGCGGUGGAAGAUUUGAAGCGGCAUCUGCCCACCCACCCGACCGAUGCCGGCAGGAGCUUCAGCUGCGAGUACUGCUCGAACCGGUUCCGCUCGAACGAGGACCUGAAGCGGCACCGGCGAUCGCACACCGGCGAGCGACCCUUCCGAUGCCCGCACUGCCCGAAAGCGUUUACCCAGCAGUCGAACCUGCGGGCCCACACGAGGAUCCACGAGCGCUAGGCGGCGUGCCGCAGCAGGUGCCAACGGAUGCUGGGAGCAGAGCGAUGCUGCAACCCGUGACGGUGGCUGAACCGCCGGCAUGCGUCACAUAACGGUUUGAUGCUCCCCGUAGGGAAUUAGGAUCAUGUUUGGCUGCCGGAAGUGGCACGUAGGAGUAUUACGUAUUGAGUUUCGUUUCUAUUUUCAAACGAUACAGUUAACCCAUUGUUUUCUUUCCUAUUGGAUUGUGUGUUGUGUUGAUGAAUGUGUUUUUUGCCGGAACAUGUGCAAUUGUGAUUAUUAUAGCCAGUAGUAGAAGGAAUAAAUGUUGUUUCGUGUAUCUUGCUGGUGUACUCAAACCAGCGAUGUGAACCA